AUCUGCUAUACUGGAAGCACGAUGGCAGCGAGCGAGAUUCCAACCCUGAGCCAUCUGGGCUCUGUACCACAAGCUCUCUUUUCAGGAACUGUGGCUAUUUUGGCAGUUGCAUGGUUCUCAGUCAUCUUGCGUGUCUACGUUCGUAGUGUGAUGAUGAAAUCAUUCGGAUUGGAUGACUGGACCAUCAUGCUUGCUAUUACAGCUUUAACAGUACAAUGUGCGUAUUUAAUCAAAGUAUCUGUGAUGGAAAUGCAACCGCACAAAUACAACAAUGUUGUCGGUCUGUCCACUCUUGUAACAGACAUCAUCGCGUUUAGCGGAUCAUACGCCCUGACCGGAGUAUUCCUGAAAAUCUCCCUGGGCUUCUUUUUCCUGCGAAUCAUCAUCGAACCCUGGCAGAGAGCGGUCAUUUACAUUUGCAUGACCAUCAGCACAAUCUACGGCUUCAUCUACUUUGGCAUCGUCACCUUUGGCUGUGGAGACCCAGAGAAAUUCCUCAUCCGGACGGUGGAACAUAAAUGCAUAUCAAUCACAGAUGUCACCAUACCUGCCAGUUACGUACACACAGCUCUAAACGCAACCACCGACUGGAUCAUGGCUCUGCUUCCCAUCGUAACCAUCUGGAAUCUAAACAUGCCACGCAUAACAAAAUUCUGGGCCUAUCUGCUUCUCGCACUGGGAGCGGCAGGAAGCAUCGUCUCGCUGAUCCGCUUCGGCUAUGUCGAAGGCCUCAAACCAGGAAAACACUUCUUCAAGCAAAGCGCCAAAUUCGCUUUGUACAGCACCAUCGAGCCCGGUCUCGGUAUCACAGCCGUCAGCUUUGCAACCCUGCGACCACUAUUCAAAAGGUGCCUUGAAGGAGCCAAAUCAGUCUCUCAUUCCCAAGGCAGUCGCAGCGGCGGCAAGAAAACACCUUCGAUCGUGCCGGAUAUCCAGCUCAAGGGACUCCCUCUAUCUAGAUCUCGUCCACGAGAUGGAUUCCGUGCUUUUGGAAGUUCGGAAGACGAUGAUUCGCAGGGCUGGACUGAGGUUUCUGUUGUUUCUCCUGAUUUGGAAAAGGCGCAGGAUACUAGAUGGCCGCAGAGUCCUCGACCGCUGUGA